UUUCAGGCCAACAUGGCGGCCCCCGAGUCGGCGCCGACUUUGAGUCCCGGCUCUGCAGACGAGGAGGAGACGAUUCUCUAUGACUUGCUAGUCAACACCGAGUGGCCACCCGAGACAGAAGUGCAGCCCAGAGGCAACCGAAAGCAUGGUGCAUCAUUCAUCAUCACAAAAGCAAUCAAAGAUCAUCUGUUAUUUUUGCGUCAGUACAUCUGGUACAGCCCUGCCCCGUUUUUGCUUCCUGACGGACUGGUUCGCUUGGUCAAUAAACAGAUAAACUGGCAUUUGGUACUCGCAAACAAUGGCAAACUUCUGGCCGCUGUUCAAGAUCAGUGUGUGGAGAUCAGGUCUGCAAAAGAUGAUUUUACAUCAAUUAUUGGGAAAUGUCAAGUUCCAAAAGACCCGAAGCCCCAGUGGAGACGGGUGGCAUGGAGUUACGACUGCACACUGCUGGCCUAUGCUGAGAGCACAGGGACUGUAAGGGUGUUUGAUCUCAUGGGCAGCGAGCUCUUUGUCAUUGCCCCGGCGGCUGUCUUUGCUGGGGACUUAAGCUACGCCAUUGCUGGGUUGGUAUUUUUAGAAUACAAAGCAAGUGCACAGUGGUCUGCAGAGCUCUUGGUCAUCAAUUACCGAGGAGAACUUAGAAGUUACCUUGUCAGUGUUGGGACAAAUCAGAGCUACCAAGAGAGUCACAGUUUCAGCUUUGCUGAUCAUUAUCCGCAUGGAGUAAAUACCGCUAUUUACCACCCCGGUCAUAGGCUUUUACUGGUUGGUGGAUGUGAAACUGCUGAACUGGGCAUUUCUAAAGCUUCUAGCUGUGGCCUUUCUGCAUGGAGAGUCCUCUCAGGCUCACCGUAUUAUAAACAAGUUACUAAUGGUGGAGACCGGGUCACCGAGGUGCCAAAGACACUGGGAUUAUUAAAGCUGUUAAGUGUCAAGUUUUACACUCGGCAGGGACAAGAACAGGAUGGAAUCUUCAAGAUGAGCCUUUCUCCUGACGGGAGCCUCCUUGCGGCAAUUCACUUCUCAGGGAAGCUGAGCAUCUGGGCUAUUCCGUCUCUGAAGCAGCAAGGCGUCUGGCGGCAAGAUGAGCAGCCAGGCUAUGAUGAGCUUAAUCCUGAUUGGACAUUGUCUCCUGAGAAGAGAAAGAAAGUAAAAGAUAAAGAGUCCUUUUAUCCAUUGAUUGAUGUCAAUUGGUGGGCAGAUGGCGCAGUGACCUUGGCUCGAUGCUCUGGUGCAUUAACUGUUUCAUCAUCCAAAAGUUUGAAGAAUUUAUUGGGAAAAUCCUGUGAAUGGUUUGAGCCAUCCCCCCAGGUCACUGCAACCCAUGAUGGGGGAUUCUUAAGUUUGGAGUGUGAAAUUAAACUUGCCCCCAAACGGUCUCGAGUGGAGAUGAGGGCUGGAGAAGAGGAUGAAGGCGACGUGGAUUCUGACUCGGAUCAUGAAACCUCUGCCAAGGCUCGUUAUUUCGGGUACAUCAAGCAAGGCCUCUACUUAGUGACGGAGAUGGAGAGGUUCGCACCUCCUCGGAAACGGCCUCGAACUAUCACGAAGAACUACCGCCUUGUGAGUCUGCGCUCCACAACCCCAGAGGAGCUUUAUCAGAGGAAGAUUGAAAGUGAAGAGUAUGAAGAAGCCUUGUCUUUGGCUCACACGUACGGCCUGGAUACUGACCUCGUCUAUCAGAGGCAGUGGAGGAAGUCAGCUGUCAACAUUGCUUCAAUUCAGAAUUACUUGAGUAAAAUCAAGAAGCGGUCUUGGGUUCUCCAUGAGUGUCUGGAGAGAGUUCCUGAGAAUGUGGACGCUGCCAAGGAACUGCUGCAGUAUGGCUUGAAAGGCACAGACCUGGAGGCUCUGGUCGCCAUAGGAAAGGGCGCGGAUGAUGGCAGAUUUACCUUACCUGGUGACGUAGACCUUGAUGGCAUCACCUAUGAGGAACUUUCCCCACCACACAAAGAGCCUGCCCAGAGCAAACGGCAGAAGGAGCUCAAGAAGAGACAUGAACUGCUCAAAUUAGUGAACUUUUCAAAGUUGACCCUGGAACAAAAGGAGCUGUGCCGUUGUAGACUCAAGUUACUAACCUUCUUAGAUCGGCUUGCAACAUAUGAGGAAAUCCUAGGGGCGCCGCAUGCAUCUGAACAGAGAUAUGAUGCUGAAUUUUUUAAGAAGUUCAGAAGUCAGAAUAUUGUUCUCUCAGCAAGAACGUAUGCUCGGGAGAGUAAUGUACAAGCUCUGGAAAUCCUGCUGACAUACCAUGGCUCUGAUCUGCUACCUCAUCGCCUUGCUAUCCUCUCCAACUUCCCAGAAACCACCUCUCCCCACGAAUACGCUGUUCUGUUGCCGGAGGCUUGCUGGAACAAUGACUCCUUGAUGAUCAUCCCUUGGGCUGAGCAGAAACACCGAGCUGAAGACUGGUGUGAGGAACUGGAGUGCAGAAUGGUGGUGGAGCCGGGCCUGCAGGAUGACAGUGAGUUCCUGUACGCUGCGCAGCCCGAGCUUCUGCAGUACAGGACACCCCAGCUUUCCGUGGAGAAGGCGAUGGCCUGGUAUCGGAGCAGAGCACAGGACAUAGAGCACCACGCUGGGCAGGUGGACUGUGCCUUGUCACUCGUUCGCCUUGGAAUGGAGCGCCAUAUUCCUGGCUUGCUGACUCUCUGUGACGAUUUGGUGACACUGGAAACACUGGUUUAUGAAGCAGGCUGUGACUUCACCCUCACUCUGAAAGACCUGCAACAGAUGAAAGACUUUGAGAAGCUGAGAUUACUGAUGGAGCGUUGUUCUGAGGACAACUACGUGACCAGUGCCUACCAGUGGAUGGUUCCUUUUCUCCACCGCUGUGAGAAACAGUCUGCUGGUGCGGCCAACGAGCUACUAAGAGAAUAUCUAGUAGCUUUAGCUAAGGGAGACUUGAAACUUCCCUUGAAGAUAUUUCAGCAUUCUAAACCAGAUCUGCAGCAAAAAAUUAUUCCCGACGAGGACCAGCUGAUGGCGAUCGCGCUCGAAUGCAUCUAUAACUGCGAGCGGAGUGACCAGCUCUCACUCUGCUAUGACAUCUUAGAAUGCCUCCCACAAAGGGGAUGUGGGCUCAAUACAAAGGUAACCUCAUCUCUUCAUGACAUGGUAGACCAACUGGAGAAAAUUCUCAGUGUGUCUGAGCUUUUGAAAAACCAUGGACUGGAGAAGCCAGUUUCGUUUGUGAAGAAUACCCAGUCCAGCUCCGAAGAGGCUCGCAGCCUGAUGGUUCGACUGACCAGGCACACUGGGCGGAAGCAGCCUUCCGUUGGGGAGUCGCACUGGAGAAUGCUGCUGCAGGACAUGUUGACCAUGCAGCAGCACGUGUACACAUGCCUUGACUCCAGUGUUUGCUAUGAGAUAUUUACAGAAAGCCUUCUUUGCUCCAGUCGCCUGGAAAACAUCCAUCUAGCAGGGCAGAUGAUGCAAUGCAGUGCCUGUUCGGAUAAUCUUCCCGCUGGUGUGGUCCAUAAAGGAAAACCCCAGUACAGGGUCAGCUAUGAGAGAAGUAUUGACUUGGUUUUGGCUGCCAGCAGAGAGUACUUCAACUCUUCCACCAGCCUCACUGACAGCUGCAUGGAUCUGGCCAGGUGCUGCUUACAGCUCAUAACGGACAGGCCGGCCGCCAUUCAGGAGGAAUUAGACCUCAUCCAAGCCCUUGGGUAUCUUGAAGAAUUUGGGGUGAAGAUCCUUCCUUUGCAAGUACGGUUGUGUUCUGACCGAAUCAGCCUCAUCAAGGAGUGUGUUUCCCAGUCCCCCACAUGCUACAAGCAGUCAGCCAAACUUCUAGGCUUUGCUGAGCUGCUGAGAGUUGCAGGUGAAGACCCGGAAGAAAGGCAUGGGCAGGUUCUGAUCCUGUUAGUGGAACAAGCACUCAAUGUCCAUGACUACAAAGCAGCUAGUACGUAUUGUCAGGAGCUGAUGGCCGCAGGAUAUCCAGACAGUUGGGAUGUUUGUAGCCAGCUGGGCCAAUCAGAAGGUUUCCGGGACCUGGCCACUCGUCAGGAGCUCAUGGCUUUUGCUUUGACACAUUGUCCUCCCAGCAGCAUUGAGCUUCUAUUGGCAGCUAGCAGCUCUCUUCAAACAGAGAUUCUUUAUCAAAGAGUAAAUUUUGAGAUCCAUCCUGAAGGAGAAAAUAUUAAUGUCUCACCCUUAACUGGUAAAGUUUUACAAGAGGAUGAUACUUCUUUGGGUAGCAGUUCAGCAGACCUGUUACAGUGGACCACUGCAACCACCAUGAAAGUCUUGUCCAAUACCACAACUACUACCAAGGCUGUCCUGCAAGCUGUCAGUGAUGGGCAGUGGUGGAAGAAGUCCUUAGCAUACCUGCGGCCCCUCCAGGGGCAGGACUUUGGUGGAGCAUAUCGAAUUGGAACUGUAGCCAAUGAUGAUCUAGAAAGACAAGGAUGCCACCCUUUUUAUGAGUCAGUCAUUGCUAAUCCCUUUGUCACUGAGGUCCCUGUGGAAAGUCUUGCUGAAGUGUUGCUGAGAACUGGAAAGCUGGCAGAGGCCAAGGCACAAGUGUUCCCGACCACAGAAGUUCUCUUGCAGCUAGCAAGUGAUGCUUUGCCGAAUGACAUGACAUUGGCUCUUGCUUAUCUCCUUGCCUUACCUCAGGUGCUGGACGCUAACAAGUGCUUCGAGAAGCAGGCUCAUUCGGCACUCUCUCUCCAGCUGGCAGCGUACUACUACAGCCUGCAGAUCUAUGCCCGGUUGGCUCCAUGCUUCAGGGACAAGUGCCAUCCUCUUUACAGGGUUGAUCCCAAGGAAUUAAUCAAGAUGGUGACCAGGCAUGUGGUUCAGCAUGGGCACGAAGCCUGGCCCGAGGACCUCUUGUCACUGACCAGGCAGCUGCACUACUACAAUGAACGCCUUCUGGACUUCACCCAGGCUCAGCUCCUCCAGGGCCUGGGGAAGGGUGUGGACGUGCAGAGGUUUACCGCUGAUGACCAGUACAAAAGAGAAACCAUCCUGGGCCUUGCAGAAACCCUUGAGGAAAAUGUCUACAGCAUUGCUCUUUCCCUGGCACAGCGGUACAGUAUCUCGCAGUGGGAAGUCUUCAUGACCCAUUUGGAGUUCCUGUUCAGUGAUAGUGGUUUGUCCACAGGAGAAAUUGAAAAGCGAGCCCAAGCUCUUCAUCUCUUUGACACUUUGAAGACAGAUCCUGAGUCCUUUCAUAAACACAUGGUCAAGUAUAUCUACCCCACCAUCGAGGGUCUUGAUCAUGAAAGGCUGCUGUAUUAUUUCACUCUCUUGGAAAGCUGUGGUUGUGCGGACUUUGAAACAGCUGCUAUCAAACCAGAAAUCCAUAUCCGCCUCCUGAAGAAAUUUAAAGUUGUUGCAUCAGGCCUUAAUUAUAAGAAGCUGACUGAUAAAAGCGAGGAUGCACUGGAAGCACUGGAGCCUGUGCUCACGAGUCAGAAUAUCUUAUCUAUUUCCAAACUCGCUCCCAGGAUCCCUGAGAAGGAGGGGCAGAUGCUGUCUCCCAGCUCUCUGUACACUGUCUGGUUGCAGAAAUUGUUCUGGAGAGAUCCCCACCUCAUCAAGCAGGCUCCAGAGUCUUCCACAGAGUGGCUUCAUGCCUAUGACGUCUGCCUGAAGUACUUGGACGACUCUGUCCAAGAUGACCUCAUCACUGUUGUGGAUGCAAUUACAUUUUCUCCAAAAAGCUUGGCUAAGCUAUCAGUAGAAGCACGUGAAGAGAUGACCAGAAAGGCCAUUAAGACAGUCAAGCAUUUCAUAGAGAAACCAAGGAAAAGAAAUUCAGAAGAAGACCCCCACGAAGGUGGUGGUUCUCAGGCCACCUAUGCAGAUGCCUUGGCUCAUCUGGAGACGUCACUUGCCCACCUGGAAACCCUCAGCCACAGCUUCAUCCUCAGUCUGAAGAAUAGUGAGCAGGAAGUACUGCAGAAAUACAGUUAUCUCUAUGAUCUGUCCCGGGCAGAAAAAGGGAAGCUUAAUGACCAAGCCGUGGCCAUGUGUUUAGAUGGCCAGCCUCUAAGGAUGAUUCAGCAGCUGCUAGAAGUGGCCAUUGGUCCUGUCAACAUCUCACCCAAGGAUGUAGUGCACACUGCAAUCACUCAAAUAAUUUCUUCAUUGAGUGGCAGCGGUGCUGAUCUUUGUGGGUCACGUGACCCCCUCCAGGUCCUGGAAGGUGUUGUUGGGGCAGUUCGCACCAGUGUAGACAAUGGGGAGGAGCUAGUGUCUGCUGAGGACCUGCUGCAGUGGCUGCGGCCUUUCUGUGCUGAAGACGCUUGUCCCGUGAGGCCUCGAAUCCAGGUGCUCCAGCUCUUGGGGCAGUGCUUCCACCUGAGUGAGGAGGACAGCAAGCUCCUGGUGUUCUUUCGAACAGAAGCCAUUCUCAGAGCAGCAUGGCCUCAGAGACAGGUGGAUGUGGCUGACACUGAGAGUGAAGAAAGCCGGCACUCUCUCUUCAUGGAGCUCCUGGAAUCCAGUCACCAUGAGGUCGAGUUUCAGCACUUGAUUUUACUCCUGCAAGCGUGGCCACCCAUGAAAAGUGAAUGUGUCAUAGCCAACAAUCUGUGGGUGAGACUGGUGACUGUGAUGCUGACCAGAUGUACAACAGAGAACAAGCAGAGACUUGGAGACGAGGUGUUGAAGAUCUGCCGCUCCCUCUACAACACCGGACAGAUGCUGCCUGUGGAGGCUGUGAAGGAGCUGUGCCUGCUGCUGCUGCACCAGUCCCUCCUGCUCCCGUCCCUGAAGCUUCUUCUGGAGAGUGGAGAUGAAACUCUACAGGCCAUGGCCCUGGAGCAAAUCUCAGCUGUCACUAAGGUGAAUGACUCUAAUUGUGACAAGGAGCUGCUUUCCCUGCUCGUGGAUGCCAGGCUGCUGGUGAAAUGUGUCUCCACACCCUUCUACCCACAUAUCAUUGCUCACCUUGUGGCCAACAACCAGCAGGGGCGCUGGAACGCAGAGGAGCUGGCUAGACACCUACAGGAGGCCGGACAUGAAGCUGAAGCUGGCUCACUCCUCCUGGCUGUCCAGGGGACUCAUCGGGUGUUCAGAACUUUCAGCACUGCCCUCAGUGCACUGAGGCAGUGGGUGUGAGCAUAACCACCCAUGACCCUGCUCCUGGCAGGACAGAGCAUCAGACCCCAAAGCCAUGCCCGAAGCAGCAUUUGUAGCAAUUAAUUGUUCUCAGCAUUUCUAAUAAGUCACGAAUAAAGGCAUAUGUAUAUAUAUAAAUGGCAACCAAUGCCCUUCAAGUACUUUCUCAUACUGAUGGGUUAGCAUACUCUGUUAUUACCGUGGAUGCUUUUUUGCCUUUUUAAAUUUUUCUUUUCUGAGUAGAACCCAGUUAAUUGAAUGGGAAACUAUACUUAAGAAAAUUGGGAAUGGUGGUGCACUGUAUGAGAGAGUAUGGUAUAUUAAAUGGCUUGGAUGAAA